CUUCCUUUCUCCCUCAACCGAUCUCUCCCACAUAUAUGCCCAUGCAUUUCAAUGCUUCCAAGUCUAACCAAAUUGGUUUAGGCUUUCAAAACCACCCCAUUGAUCUCCAAUUGCUUUCACUGAUCCAUUCCAAUUUUGGCCUGAACCAAAAUGAGCUCAUUUUCCCCAUGAUCAAUCAGCCAAUAAUUCCCUCAAGCAUAGGCCAACUUGGUUUGGGUCAAAGAGUGACUGAGGUGAGAAGAACGUCUUAUGUUACGCCACGUGUCCUGGACUAUAAUAAUAUCCCUGUGCAAAACCAAGCAUCUAUUCCUGUAGCUGAGAUUAGUGUCACUGAGAUUGUAAGGACUGAAGAGGUUGUGAGAACUCAUCUUCUCACUGCAUCCUCAACAAGAGAUCGGAUUUUCAUUCCAAAUUAUGAUCAUGAAAUCCAAAUCGAAGGCCAACCCAUUUUCCAAAGCCAGAUUUUACCAAUGCCCAACAAACUGAAUCAUCCAUUCUCUUAUCAGAGGGACCCUUUUCAUGAUCAUCAUUUUCAAAACCCUAGCAACCCUUUGAAAGAUUUGAUCCCAGGUAAUACAAAAAGUAGUACUACUUCUGAUGAUGAUCAUGAUCAUCAUGAAGAAGAAAUUGAUCAUGAUCAGGGCGAUGGCCGCACCCAUAGCCUGCCUUACAAGAAAUAUGGUCCAUACACGUGUCCAAAGUGCAGGGGAGUGUUCUAUACAUCACAAUCAUUUGCAGCUCACAUGGGGUCUCAUUACAAGCAUGAGACUAGUGAUGAGAGGAGGAGAAGACAAGAAGCCAAGAACAAAAGGAAAAAAUUCCGCCUCGUCCAGUUAGGUGGUGGACUUACUGCUUUGCCUGUGUCUUUUAAAACGCCAGGGAAAAGGAAUGGUGGGAGGAGUGUGCAUAAGACGGCUGUGGAGAUUGAUAAAGAGAAAGAUGAUGAUGAGGUUGAGAGGAAAGAAGAGGCUUCACCUCCAGAACUAGCAGCCGAGGAGGGGUUGAUUGAUGUUGAGAUAAAGGAGGAGCCUGUGGAACUCAUCAGGGCUUAA